UCGCAAGAGUCAGGGGGCGAGGCCGGAGCCAGCCCCGCUCACUGGUUGGGACGAUGUGAGCAGGGCCUGGCUGCUGGCGGUACCCGGGCGCGGGACGCGCCCUCGUGGCAGGACGCGCGGGCAGAGCUGCUGCCCCGCCCGGGAGGGGCUAAGGGAGGACGCAGCCUUUCAUUUCUGACAGACGAAGCCACGUGAGAGGGAGCAGAUAUUACCAUCGUUAGCAGGAGCUAGCAGCCCAGAUAGAUUGUACAGCUUUUUCUGUAGUGUCAGGCAAUGAAUGUCCUGUGAUCAGUUGUCACUCUCUUUGUACAGAAAAUGUUUGUGUACUUAUGGGGAUACCUGUAUAGUAACUUCUUCCGGUUUUGGCUGAAAUGGAUCUUGAGGCAGCUCACUGGAAAAUGUGAAUUACAGCGUAUCUGUGGUGGCUCAAAGGAAGGUUCACAACGGACGCUAAAGAUAGAGUACUCAUUGGGAUUAUCAAAGAGUAAGGUAUUAAGACAUGCUAUACAUGUUGGUGAAGCUGAAGUGGAAAAAUGUGUCAUAGGUAUAAUGAAAGAAAAGAAGAUUAAUAUACAGAAGGAUACAGGUUUUAAGACAAGCCUGCAGGUAUGUUUGCUGCAGAUAUCUGGUUAUAAGAAACUUUAUUUGGAGGUGGAAAAUCUGAGGAAAGUUCCAUAUGAUUCAGAUAAUGAAGAACAUGAAAAGCAACUAAUCCAGCUUUGGAAUUUGCUGAUACCUCAUGAAAAUCUGAAGGCUAGAAUCACCAAGCAGUGGUGUGACAUUGGUUUCCAAGGUGAUGAUCCCAAAACAGACUUCAGAGGAAUGGGCAUGCUGGGAUUAGUCAAUCUGGUGUAUUUUAGUAAACAUUACACCAGUGAAGCUCGCCAGAUCCUCUCUCGUUCAAAUCAUCCAAAAUUGGGAUAUUCCUAUGCAAUAGUUGGGAUCAAUUUGACAGAAAUGGCUUAUAGUUUACUAAAGAGUGGUGCUUUAAAGUCUCACCUCUACAACUUGGUCCCUGGAUUGCCACAGAUGGAACACUUUCAUCAGUUUUAUUGUUAUCUGGUUUAUGAGUUUGACAAAUUUUGGUUUGAAGAAGAACCAGAAAGUAUUAUGCACUUCAACCACUAUAGAGAGAAAUUUCAUGAAAAAGUUAAAGGACUUCUUCUGGACUAUAACCAAGUACUAACCUUAGAGAAUAUAAAGAAACCAUAGCCUCAUCUGCAGUCUACCCAGUUCUGCUCAUAAAAUAGAAUUAUGCAUUCUCAUGGAAUUCUCACACUUACUUUACCAAAAAUAUUUGUUUAAUGAUGGAACUUUUUAUAUAUAUAUUUUUGAAAAAACUCAAAUUCAGUUAUGAAAGCUUGGACAAUCAGCCUCUGUUUACAGGUCUUAUAUGCUAUUCUCCAAAGGAAAGCUUUUUUUAAAAAAAUCCUGUAUUGAAUCUUUUGCCCUCCCAACUUUCACACACCUCUUGGUGCAGGAACAUGAAGUAGGUAUUUAUGCUGCAUUAUGUUAUCUUCAUUAUGUAACCUAUUACUAGGUUCCUUUUCUACCAUUAACAGUUGAUUAGUUGUCUUUAAGAGGGGAAAUUGCUUUGGUUUUAGAGUUGUUUCUCAAGUUCUGUCCCCUUGUUUGUCUGCACAUAGCUUGUGGUCUAUAAAAAUGUUAAAUUUCUGUGUAAAGAGGUCCAUGAAGAUGAUGUAUCAAUUAUUUGUGACUUGGAAGAAGAGAUUUCAUUUUUUCAUAUUUACACACAAGAACAAACAUGGUUCUGGUUGAAAUGAUCCUCCCUCCAGGAAAUAAGUACCCACAACCCUGUGCCUGGAAGGAACUUCCCUCAGAAAUAACAACAAAAUAGUGUAAGGCCAGAGUCCAUCAGUAAAGAAGUCCCCUUUAACAAGGAGAUCUUUCAUGUCACAUGGUGCCAUAGAUAUUUCCAGCUCUCAAUCCCUCUCUUUCAGUUUGGGCUACAGUUUUUCAGGCUCUCCUACUUGAUUUUGUAUUUUUUGUUGGCCCAUUCUUUUUCCUCUAUCAGCCAACAGAAUGACUUUUGAAUGGGGAGUGAUAUCUAGGAGAAUUACUUAACGAACAAACUACAAAAAGAGGUUAUUUCCCACAAAACUUUGUUGCGGCUGAAAUCCAUGAUUUGUGAAGGUAAUUGGAACUCUUCACUUCAUCCAUACUUCCAAGGAAGUAGUGGUACAACUUUAAUAGGAUAAAAGCAUGUUUCCAGAUUUGGGCAUUCUAGGCAAUCCAGGCACGAGCAGUUGGUAUCUACAUCAGUUUGUGAUUAUUAAGCAUUGUUUAAAAUGUUAAACAGGCUUGGCAUGAACUUAUAUUUUUUAAAGCCUACUAUUUAAAUAAAGUGCUUUCUGCUUAAUUCAGUCACUGUUUAAUUUGACCCUCCAUUUAACUUGAGCAGAGCUUCAGAAACCUCAGUUCUUUGGGGGCAGAGACGAUCUCUCAUAUGCUUGAAUAUCACAUAGUGGGUGCUAUCAUGAUACAAAUACAAAAAAAAAAAAUUAAACACAAUGCUUAUUUUAUCUCUGGUAGGCUUCAUUAGUUAUGAAAAAAGGCCAACUUUCUGAAUGGGAGAAGGAAAAGAACAAAGGAAGAUCCUUGUGAUUUAACAAACAGAUAACUGGAAGAUAUUCAGACCCUACAAUCUAAGUAUUAUUGCGUAGGCUGUGAUUUCUACCACUCCAUCCCCUAAUUCCUCUUGAUCUACAUGAACAACGUGAUCAGCUGCUUAUUGCAGUCAAAAUGAUAGUAGAGAGCAGUUAUAUAUACAAAAAGUUUUAUUGUUUUGUUCUAAAAUGUGUUACAAAUAGGUGAGGUUUUAAACAUUGUUUGAGCUCCAUCUGCCAGAAGGUGGAGGGAUGUAAAGAUUUAUCUUCAUAUUUACAUUUGCCCAUUACCUUUAUGCUUGAAAUGGUGCAAUUAGGGGAAGAAAUUUGGUUGAAAAGGAACUGAUGCAAUACGCACAACACAUCCUUUCUGUGCACACACUACAGUAACUCUUAAUUUGGCAAAAUUUGUUUUUAAACGUGGUACAUUUUUGUUCUGCUACGCUGUGCGCACACUUUUCUGGAGGCACGCUGGUACUACGGUGAUGACUUUAUAGGUACCUAAAUAGCAGAAUUAAAUGUUUCUUCAUUGGAUUUCUGCAAAUAAGUUUUGCUGGUUUCAAAUGUACUUUAUAAUGAAAAUAUAUAUCUGCUAGUGAUAAAACAAUAUAGAAAUAGAGCCUUAACAAAUGUAGAAUAAAGUAUGAUUUCAUUCAUGAAAGACUUACUCCAUGUUUCUCACCACAAAAUAAAUACAAGAGGAAAAAUAUGAAGCGCUUCCAACUGGAUGAUUAGAAACUCCAGACCAAUUUAAUUCCUUGAUUUUGAUAACCUGCCUCAUCACCAAAUAAACGGUACAUUUGAGGCGGUGUAAGAUUUCUCCCAAAAGCAUCUUUACCUUAUUUUUACAAGACUGAUUGUAAUUGCUCUUGUAGCAACUGUUUAAGACAUGGUAACACUGUAUCCCAGUUCUUGAAAAUUUACCAGACACCCAUUAGGUGGUCAUCUAAAUUUACUACAAAAGAUAAAUACAAAAUAUCAUAGGCAGGGGAACACCACCAGCAAGCAGCCUACUUAUUCUGCCACCCCCAGCUGCUGGGCAUUUCAUAAUGGUGACCAUUAAAAUGGGAGCUGAGCACAUAUACUCAAAGUCCCAGGAUUCCUGUCCUAGUUUGGGGCACCAUCUUUUGUGUUACUCUGUGGCUAUUAAGUGUCUUUCGUAAGUUUAGAAAUUCCCAUAAAGAAUGUUUAGGUGGAGGGGCAGAUCUCUAGAAUUCUGCCUCCCCCCCCCCCCCCCACCUCCUGGCUGCUCUCCACCAUUCUACCUGCUACCAUAUAGUUUCUCCAGCCUAAGUAACUCUAUUGCUUACCUUGUUGCUGCUGCAUAGCUUUCCUCAGGAAUAGCAGCAUGAAAUUGAUCUGAUGUUUGAAUUUCACUGAGGACAACAUGCUGAACAGAAUUAGUGAAACCAGCCAUACUAUUGUUAAUUUUACCAUGCUACUGCUUGGCAAGUUACAAGCAGCAACAAUAACAGAGGAGCUGGAACCAGUUGGCCACAGAGCCUAGCCAGUUUUGUCAUCCUUACAUUUGGAAGAUUAUUUUUGCAACUGUAAAGGCUAGAAAUGUAAUUAGAAAAAAAGACGAAACCUAUAAUUCCACAGAAAUUGGUACGUUAAGCUCCUUUACUCCCAGGAAGAACUUCCUGCUUGCCAUUGGCAAAAGGAUUUUUCAAACCCUGUCCUAUACAAUUUCAGAUUUCAUAUAGCACAAAAGAAAUCUUAACUAAGGCAUCUUGGGAUAGAGUCUAGACCAGGGAUUUUCAAACUUCAUUGCCGCGCGACCCCCUUCUUACAACAAAAAUUACUACACGACCCCAGGAAGGGGGACUGCAGUCUGAGCCAGCCAGAGCCCUGCCGCCCUGGGCAGGAGGGGGAGAGGAGCGGGCAAAGUCCAAGCCCCACCGUCCCAGGUAGGGGGCCUGUGACCUGAGCCCCGCUGCCCAGAGCUGAAGCUGAAGCCUGAACCCCACUCCCCAGGCCUGAUGCCUUUGGGCUUCAGCCUUUGGGGGUGUGGCUGUGGCUUUGGCCCCAGGCCCCAGCAAGUCUAAACACCAGCCCUGGCAACCCCAUUAAAAUGGAGGUCGCGACCCACAGUUUGAAAACCGCUGAUCUAGACUGAGUUCAGUCAAAGGUUUGUCAUCACUUUUUAUAAUAAAAACCAUGAGCUGACAAUCAUGAAAAUACACAAAUUAAGAAUAAAGUAACCAUCAUUAAACAUGGAAAAGCUAUGUAGUCAAAUGUAUGGAUGUGUUAGGUCACAUGUAAUAAUUGUUUAAAAUGAGUGUAUUUUUCUAGUUCCCAGUGUAUUGUUUCCUGAACAGUUUAAAAACUAGAAUUUGUAUGUAGUUUUGUACUAUUAAGUACAUAUUUUGCAUGUAGCAGGUUAAUUGUAUGUAUUGGUAACUAGUUAGAAUACAGUGUAAAAACACAGGGCAAAAACUGUGUCGGGGUGGGAACUUGCUGGAGGCAAAAUUGUCUUGCAAAGUCUAGUUAACGAGAUUUUAUAUUAACUAUUGCAUUCAUACUAUGAAAUGACAAUCGUAAUUUAACAGACGAUAUAGACUGGAAGUGUGCAAUGACCUGUUUAACUGGAUAUAGUCAGUUUGCAUAGCAUUGAAACUAAUUGUGAAUACUUGGUUACAAAGCAUCCCUAAAAUUAAAGUCUGGGUUAAAGUCCCUGUUGCUUUAUAAUACUGUUUAUUAGAUACACCUCAAGUUUUAAAAUAUGUAUUUGACAAUUCUUGGAAAUAUAACAAAAUAAUUUUAAGGUUGACAUUCUUCCUUUUAAGUGGAAUAAGCAAUGUUGAAAGAUGGGUUCAGUUGCAGAACAUUUGUGCAGACACCAUUUUAAACUGGAAUUGUCAGUAGCAAAAUGAAGACAUAUCUUAAUGAAAAAAGUUCCUAUGCUACUGUUGUUUCUGAUAAACCAAUAUGGAGGAUCACUGGGAUGUACACUGCUCAAGCACUCUAGAGGAAGAAGCUAAUCUAACAUUUCCAUGCACUGGCAAGCUUGGUUUUCAGACUCUGAACAAAUGAGCAGUUCUCAAUUCUUCGUUUUACUUCAGCUCUUGCCUAAUUGAAUAAGUCUGUUUUCAAUAAAUGUUCUAUAAAACAUCAGUAUAAACUUUUUUUAAGAUGUA